CUUUUAGAAUUCAAGGAAGCUUUUUCUUUAUUUGACAAGGAUGGAGAUGGUACGAUCACCCCUAAAGAGCUGGGUACAGUGAUGAGAUCUCUUGGACAGAACCCGACGGAAGCAGAACUUCAGGAUAUGAUCAAUGAAGUUUACACCGAUGGUGAGUUAGUGUUGGUGAUUUUUAGUGAUAUUUGGCAUAAAUACCACGAGUGAUAUUUCGAAAUUGUUAUACGUAAUUUCACGAGCCGUUAGGUUAGUUAGUAAAAGUAGUAGCCUAAUUUUUAGUGAUAUUUGGCACAAAUACCACGAGUGAUAUUUCGAAAUUGUUAUAAAUAAUUUCACCGGCCGUUAGGCGAGGAAAUGUGAGACAAUUUUGAGAUCACGAGUGGUAUUUAUGCCAAAUAUCACGUACAAAUCAUGCUAUUAGAGACCUUAAGAUUGAGGUUUUUCGGCAUUUCCUGCGAACCGCUAACGUCUAGAAGUCACGUGACCAGGGCAUUGCUGUCAGGUUUGCGGUGUGAGGUUCACGUUUGUACGGCUAGACCACGCUCCAGAGGUAAGUGAUUUACCGCAAGGCUUUUUGCACCCCAAAACAUCACAAUCCCACGUUUGAGAAGAAAUACGACUUUUUAGAACUCUUUUGCUAAUUGAUUAUCCAAUUCUUUAAAAAAACGAAAUUUUGAAGACAAAUUUUCAGCUAAAAUAGAAGCAAGUGGAUACAGCAAACAUGGCAGCCGCGAGCUACUAGCCGCGAAUCUUAAGUCCCAAAUAUGGGCAGACGGGUGACGUGAAACCGUUAACCGCAAACCACAGUUUGUCGUUUGCCGUAAAAUGACCAAACCUCGAUCUUAAGGUCUCUAUUAUUUGUUUAUACUACUACCCGCUAAAGGUUUGUAAUUUUAACAUGUAGGUAUUUCAAAUUAAGCUGAUAUACCAUGCUCUAAGCCAAUCAAAUCGCAGAAAUUUCUCAUGUACUAGUAUAAAUGAAUUAACAGUAUGGUCAAUCUCUCAGUCUCUGCGAAAACGGACCGGGACCAGCACUAAGCCUCCGUCUUAGAGAGAGAUGUCCGUCUUAUAGAAAUCAAAUAAAGGGACGAGUAAUGAAAGGCAGGUACCAACUAUAGGUGUCCGUUUUACAGAGGUGUCCGUCUUAUAAAGGUGUGGUCACUGCACCGUCAUAUCUCUCUAAGAUGAACUCUUUUAUAAGACCCACACCUCUGUAAAGGGGACACCUUAAUUUGGUCCGUGCCUUUGCUCCAUUGCUCCUCCCUUUAUUUGACUCUCUAUAAGACGGACAUCUCUUUCUAUGUGUCCGUGCGUCUUAGAAAGGGUCAACUAAAAGGAGAAAGGAAGGCAGGGAACAACUCUAGCUGUCCGUUUUAGCAAGGUGUCCAUUAAGAGUGUGGUGAAUGUAAACAGUCCAACCUCCACUAACGGCAGCCUCUCCACAACGGCCACUUUUUUGCCCCGGCGGACAUUCCGCAUACAUUGACUCAUGUUUAAAUCUCUCUACAACGGCAAAGGCCACUAAAGCGGGUCCACAAAAUAACCUCUCGAAAAUGGCAAUUUUUUCAGCUGACUGAUGAAAAAGUCAAGAAUGGUUGCGAAAUUUGUUCCGUAUGGCGCGUUGAUGAUUAAUCGCGGCUAUCGCAUUUUGAUUGUGUUCCAUUUUUACUGCUGCAGUAAGCAUUAAUUGUCCAUCGGAUCCACGAUAGUAUGGGAUACAGUAAGCAUGAACUGAUCACAACAUGUUACGUUGUAUUUCCUCAAAAAAAUUCUCAUAUUUAUUAACCUCUACCUCCCCAUAACGGACACCCUCUCCACAAUGGCCAUUUUCUGUUCCCAAGGUUUGGAGAGAUUCGACUGUAUUAAGAUUACGGAGAUCGACCUCAGUCUCUCUCUAGCUCUCCGUUAGUAAGUUGGUGACGAUGUCUGAUUCUCUCCUGCAAACCCUGCCGAGGCAGCAUUACGCAUUAAAAUGGGAGUGGCAUCUCCUGUGCAGAACACAAAACAAUGCCCUCAAUACAGCUUUGUGCUAAAUUUAAUUUUAUAUUUGCGUAAUCAGGAAAUGGGAAAAUUGACUUCCCUGAGUUCCUUACUAUGAUGGCACGAAAAAUGAAAGACUAUGACGGCGAGAUGGAAAUACAAGAGAUCUUUCGAGUUUUUGAUAAGGAUGGCAAUGGCUUCAUCAGUGCUGCUGAGUUGCGACUAGUCAUGAGUAACCUAGGAGAGAAACUUACGGAUGAAGAAGUAGAUGAGAUGAUUAGAAAAGCUGACAUUAAUGGUGAUGGACAAGUCAAUUAUGAAGGU